CCACACGGACCACACUCCCGCUUUAGGUUUAUGUGACAUAGAGCAUGCCCAGAUGCAUACUCAGGUUCAAGCACAAUCGGAAAGAUUACGGAGUAGAAUUUAGAAGCCGUGAAACCUCGUUGUAACUUGCAAGCCCUAACUUUCUGUGGCUUCUCAUCGUCAAGGUUCUAAUAGAAAGCCGUUGAAGUAGGUGAAAGGGGCAGGAAAAGUAGAAGAUGCCAGACUAUGAAGGCAAUGGAGAGGAUGUAGGCAACCGUAGAGACAAUUACGAAGCAUCUCCCCCGCCCAAAUCCACCGGCGUCUAUGGCGGCGCUGAGGAACACAUCGACUCCAAGUCCCAGCAUAGUUUACGGGACUAUGAGAAAGAACGAGAUUCAUCUAGAAGCAGGGACAAGGAAAGAGAUAAAGUGCGUGAUAGAGAUCGAGAUAGAAAUAGAAAUCAAGAGAGAGGGAGAGACAGGGAUAGGGAAAAGAUCAGUGAUCACCACUAUAGAGAACGCCACAAAGAUCGCAGUGAAAGAAGGGAGAGGGAGAGGGAGAGGACCAGAGAUAGAGACGAUGAUGGUAACUAUAGAGGCCGUGACAGAGACAGGCGACGAGAUUAUGGAAAAGAUAGAGAGGAUAGGCACAAACGUAGGUCCAGAUCUCCCUCCAAAGACAGAUCUAAGCAUAUAUCAAAUUCAAGAUCACCUACACACUCCAAAAGUAAAAGGGUCAGUGGUUUUGAUAUGGCACCUUCUGCUGCUACAAUGUUACCUGGUGUCACUGCUGCUCCAGGUCAGGUUCCUGGAACCAGCCCAGCUGUUCCUGGAAUGUUUUCUAACAUGUUUCCCAUGGCACCAGGACAGUUUGGGGCACUUUCUAUGAUGCCUGUUCAGGCAAUGACUCAGCAGGCUACCAGACACGCACGUCGAGUUUAUGUUGGUGGACUUCCUCCUAAUGCAAAUGAGCAGUCGAUUGCAACCUUCUUCAGUCAUGUUAUGUCUGCAAUUGGAGGAAACAGUGCUGGUCCUGGAGAUGCUGUUGUCAAUGUUUAUAUAAAUCAUGAGAAGAAGUUUGCUUUCGUUGAAAUGAGAUCUGUUGAAGAAGCCAGCAAUGCCAUGGCCUUGGAUGGCAUUAUUUUUGAGGGUGGACCUGUUAAGAUCAGAAGACCCAGUGAUUACAAUCCCUCACUGGCAGCCUCUCUUGGUCCCAGCCAACCGAGCUCUAAUCUCAAUCUUGCGGCUGUUGGAUUAGCACCGGGUUCUGCUGGCGGGCUUGAAGGCCCUGACCGUAUUUUUGUUGGUGGUCUCCCUUAUUAUUUCACGGAGGCACAGAUCAGGGAAUUGCUGGAGUCUUUUGGCCCACUUCGAGGAUUUGACCUGGUGAAAGAUAGAGAAACUGGAAACUCAAAAGGCUAUGCUUUUUGUGUUUACAACGAUGUUUCAGUUACUGAUGUUGCUUGUGCUGCACUUAACGGGAUUAAAAUGGGUGACAAAACUCUCACCGUUAGACGUGCUAACCAAGGUGCUACACAGUCUAAACCUGAGCAAGAGAGUGUCUUGCUGCAUGCACAACAACAGAUUGCCUUGCAGAGGUUUAUGCUACAACCCGGAACACUAUCUACGAGGGUUUUGUGCCUGAUUCAGAUGGUAGAUGAAAAUGAGCUCAAAGAAGAUGAAGAUUAUAAAGAUAUAUUCGAAGACAUUAAUAUGGAAUGUGGGAAGUUUGGUAAUUUGGUCAAUGUUGUUAUUCCCCGCCCAAACCCAAAUGGUAACCCUACACCAGGAGUUGGAAAGGUGUUUUUGGAGUAUGCAGAUGUUGACAGUGCGACAAAUGCUCGCCAAAGACUGAACGGCAGGAAAUUUGGUGGCAAUGAAGUGGUGGCCAUCUUCUAUCCAGAGAACAAGUUCUCUCAGGGAGAGUAUGAUGGCUAGUUUUGAACUAAGUUGGGGGUGGUUACCGCCGGGUAGUCCCACACUACUACUAUUUGCCAGAGGAACCCCCCCUAAUAUCUCGUGCUUUAUUAUAUUUUUUAUAUUUCUGAUCUCUGCAUUCAUUUAAAUCAUGGAGGAAAGAUGAUUUCACCUCCAAAUCCCAGGGCUUAUCUUCCCGUGCAUUACUUUUCAUCUCACUGAUGUGAUCUUAUGUAUUGUAUAAUAUGAAAUCUAUAGUAAUGGAUUGCAUUUGAAAUGGCUUCCAAAGCCUAAAAAUUUCAAAACUUGCACUUUACAACUUUUACACUCCCUCACUUCAUAUUUUAUUGUUCAUUCAUUUUGGACUGCCCAGAAUCAAUUAUUCACUAUUUA